AGCGAGCCCCAUUCAGAGCCCCAUUCGCCGAUUGUUUGCUCAUUUCUGUCUGCCUUUUACACCUGCAUGUGCGUGUGCGUGUGCCGUGCCGUGCCUGUGCGUGUCCGAGCGUGUUCGUGUUCGUCUUGGGGUUCGGCUCCCCACAGUAUUUGGGUAUUGGUGAGUGAGUGGGGCGCGCGCGCGCUUUUGCGAGACACAACGCUGCCUGCGUUGCUGCCUGCCCGACGCUGACGUUGACGUUGACGCUGACGCUGGCGCUGACGUUUGUUGUUUGCGACCAACAAACAGUGGCAGCGGUUUUUGUGCUGACUUUAGAUUUUAGUUUCGCUGAUACCGUAAGAGAUAAACGACGUGCCGCGCGGCAGCUCCCCCACAAAGCAAGCGGCGAGAAGCGACGAACAGCACCAGAAAGCGAGCAACAAGCAAAAAGAGAGACAGACCGCAGUGGCAUGCCCCAAGCCCCAAGCGUGCUGAGUGCUUGUGCAACAUAGAGUUAUAUUUAGUAGAGAAUAUACCACUACCCACAACAACAACAACAACAGCAACAACAAUAUAAUGUCUCUCUGUGUCUCUGCCGCACCGGCAACAAAAGAGGCGCCCCUGCAACUCUGGCACUCAGAGCCACAAAAUUAGUCAAACCUACGCAUGAUAGAAAAUCAAAGAAAAUCGUCCAGAAUCUGUGAAAAGUUCAAAAGCAACAACAACAACAACAACAACAAAAUGCAAACCAGAGCCGAAUAUGUUAUACAUUUUGAAUGCAAUUGAAAAUUGAAAAUACCUCAAAUAAAGCUACGAAAAAAUAAACAGCAAAAGAAGAACAUAAACAACGAACCGAAAGUGCAAAAAAGAGAAAAAUUUUAGUGCAAUUUAAUAGAAUAGUUUAAACAAUCAAGAGAGAGGGAAACGAGGAAAAACCCACUGGGAGUGACCCAUAGGAAAAGCCAUGUCUAAAGUGUAACACGCUGCGUAUACGCAACCAUUUAUCGAAGACAUCACGCAUACGACGCGUUGUGCAAAAUGAUUAUGGUGCAACAUUUGGUGGCUGCCACGGCGCACAAUUUCGCCAGCCAGGCGGCAGCCCUAGCCAAUGUCUCCAGCUCCAGUUCCAGCUCCUCGCUGUCCUCCUCUUCAUCCCUAUCAUUAUCCUCUUCUUCGUCCUCCUCCUCCUCGUCCUCCUCUUCGUCAUCCAGUUCGUCACUGUCCUCGGCCCCGCCCACGCCUGUGGCCUCACCAGCGGCAGCAGCUGUGCCAGCUCCAGCAGAGGCCCCGCCAGCAGCGGGAGAGAGCCCAGAGGCAGAGGAGCCCAUGGAGGAGGCUGCCAGCCAGGAAGAACCCAAAUCAGAGAAGGAGCGGGAGAAGCUGGUAAAGCUGGAGAAGAAGGAACGGGAACGGGAACCAGAACCAGGUGCCAUAGAUGAUACCGAGUCAGGGUCGGCGCGGCAAAGUCCAAGUCCAGCUGCGUCUGCCGCCAAAGCCCAGGAGCCAGCGCCACCACAAGAACAGAUCAGCAUCCCAGCUGUCGCCGCCGAUGAGGAGGUGGAGGAGUCCGAAUCCCUCGCCCCCGACUGCCGCGAGUUCAAAGUGCUGUACAACCAUCUCAGACAGCAGCAGCACCACCAAUCCUCCCCAGACAAAACUCGCAGCACCCUAGACGAUGUAUCCAAGAUCCUGUGGGAGCGCAAGCAACAGCUCCAACGUAGUUCCGUCAUCACCAGCAAUGUCCAGUCUGCCGCCAGUCAGCUCCUGCCCCAACCACAGCACAGGGAUUCCGAGGGAAGCCAGCAGCAGCCCAUGAGCGACAUCGAGGACGAGGAGACCCUGGAGGAUGCGGACGAUGCCGAGGCCGAUGCGGAUGUCGAGGCGGAUGCAGACGACGAGGAACUGCUCGAGCAGUACCAGGAUGGCUACGACUCGCCCCUGGAUCUGUCCCUGAGCAGUGCCACCAGCGCCGCCGCCAAUGCAGCAGCGGCCGCCUCUGCGGCCAGUCGCCGACGCGGACGCACCUACUCCGGCACGGAGUCGGAUGACUCGGCGCAGUGCGAGCGGGCGAGAAUGCGCCUCAAGCCGGAGCGCAAGGCGGAGCGUUCGGCGGCCUACAAGAAGAGCUUGAUGAAGCGAUACUAUACCGAAAUUCCUAUUGUCAAACAAUCGACGAGUCCGGCACCACAACAACAACAGCAGCAGCAGCAGCAGCAACAACACCAGCAGCAGCAACAACAACAGAUCCUGCAGCAGCAGCACCAGCAGCAGCUUAACGGAACCUCCUUUGCUGGUGCCACUACACUGCUGCACAUUAAGACGGAGCAGAACCCGUUGCUCACGCCGCUCCAGCAGCAACAGCAGCAGCAGCAGCAUAGCUUACAUGGUGGUGCAACGGCCGGUGGCACUAAUGGUGGUGGCAAUAACGGGAACAACAAUAACAACAACAGUGCACACCAGCAGCAACAACCACUGGCCAUACCGCACAGGCCCCUGUUGCACAAUCUGCUCAGUGGCGGCGCCAUCCACAAUCCACAUCACAGGAACUACACGACGGCCACAACAGGUUCAUUUCCGCCCAGUCCCGCAGAUAGCGGCGUGUCCGAUGUGGACAGCUCUAGUUCCGGCGGCCAGCCCUGCGCGGACGAGCUGAAGGCACGCCUGGGCAUGCCCGCUGCCACGUCAGCAACGGCAGCGGCCGCAGCAGCAGCAGCUGCAGCGGCAGCAGCACACCUCCACACGGGCACCUUUCUGCAUCCGAAUUUAUACCAGAACAAUGCGAAUUCACUGAGGAACAUAUGGAAUCGCAGUGUUGGGGUGCCCGACAAUUACUAUGGCAGCAGUGGAGGCGGUAGCGGCGGUGGCGUCGGCAAUCCAGGGGCGCCCGGCACCCCCCAGACCCCCAGCUACCUGACAACGUCCUACUUCAACGCACCGACGCAGCAGCAGCGCAGCUCUGGCGUCAACGGCUAUCAUUCCCUGCACCAGCAGCAGCAGCAGCAAACGCAGCAGCAUCAAUCCCAGCAGCAGCAGCAGCAACAAGCGUACGCGCAGCAGCAUGCACACUCGCAGCUGGCGCCUCCCUCGCAUCCACAUCCGCAUCCACAUCAAACGCAGCAGCAGCACACGCAUUCCACAAUCGCCAAUGCAGCGGCGGCCUCCGUUGUGAGCAGCAGCAGCAGCGCGGUGGCAGCGGCCGCCAUGCUCAGCGCCAGUGCAGCGGCGGCGGCCGCCUCACAGAGCGUCAUCCAACCGGCGACGUCGAGCGUCAGCUAUGAUCUCUCCUACAUGCUGGAGCUGGGCGGCUUCCAGCAGCGGAAGGCGAAGAAGCCGCGCAAGCCGAAGCUGGAGAUGGGGGUGAAGCGACGCAGCCGGGAGGGCUCCACCACCUACCUGUGGGAGUUCCUUCUGAAGCUGCUGCAGGAUCGUGAGUACUGUCCGCGCUUCAUCAAGUGGACGAACCGGGAGAAGGGUGUCUUCAAGCUGGUCGACUCGAAGGCGGUGUCACGCCUUUGGGGCAUGCACAAGAACAAGCCGGACAUGAACUAUGAGACGAUGGGCCGUGCCCUGCGCUACUACUACCAGCGCGGCAUCCUUGCGAAGGUGGAUGGCCAGCGGCUGGUCUACCAGUUUGUCGAUGUGCCCAAGGAUAUAGUCGAGAUCGACUGCAAUGGCGUGUGAGGGAGGAGAGGCGAUCGGCAGGAUCGGGCGGCUGUAAAUAGAUGUAAUCCGAGAUCGGUUCAGAUCGGAUCAGUUUCAGAUCGAUGGCAAUAUGUUCUGGGAAGCGGAUUAACCGUAAUAACCGGCUAGCGGCAAUAGUAGCAUGGGAUCCGAUUGGGAUCGGAUCGGGGCUACGCGAAGGAGGGAUGGAUUUCCUUGUAUAUUGUAUGUGUUGAGUUUCUUCAUUAGGACUAACGCGGAAGAGUAUAAAUUACAUAGAUGAUAGUCCCAAAAUACCCCAGAAUUAUAUAUACCCUGUACCCCUGGUCCACAGACACACAAGCAGACCCACGCAGAGACCCUAUACAUAGGACCUACACAUAAAUAAUGAUCUAUUCAUUGGCGUUAGUGUUGUACUUUUAACUGUAACUUUAACUAUAGUUCUAACUGUACGAUUAAUUAAUGAAUAUUGUUAUUAUUGGUUAUUCUAUUAGUAUCACUAUUAUUAAUAUGAUUAUUAUUAUUAUUGCGGAUGGAAUGGACCGACUCUUACUGAUAUUCUCGAUAUUCGUGGUACGCGGAUGGGAUGGUGUACAUUCACAUUCAUAGGAGUACGCGUAGAUAGUAUAUGUAUGUAUAUGGGUACGUGGACGCAUAGCUGCAAGAAAUUCUUUAUCUCUAUCCAUCUUAUCCACUGUAUAUGAGUAUAUUUUAUGUAUUGUAUAUGCCCCCUAGCCUAAUAUCAUCUUUCAACUGCCUCCCCCAGCCCCCGCUGCCCGAGGACAGGCCAGGCACUGAUCAGAUCUGGGAUCUGGAUGUGUCUGUGUUCUGUGUCCUGUUCUUCGGCUAAUUGUUUUUGUUGCUUAUUUUAUUAAGAAGAAGGAAAGAAAUUUAUUAUUUCAUAGUUAUAGCUAUUUCUACGAGUAUAUUUAGGUUAUUUAUUUAAGUUUUUCUCCUUACCCCGCUUACACCCCAUCGAAAAUCCUACCACGCUACACUUCCUAACUGAAGCUACAGUAAACAACCCCACCCCAUCUGCACAAACUGGUGGUCUAAACUUUCUUGUAAUUAUUAUUGCAUAAUUUUCGUAUAAUUUUACACAAAACUCACAGGAAAAAUAUAAAAAGAAAGAGCAAAGAGUAAAUACAUUUUCAGGGGUUUCCACACCCAUGGGAACCCGCACUCCAUGAGCAAUCGCUUAUGCAGUACUAUCACACCAAAACCAACCACUAAAACUCUUUCGAUCUGAAGUCUAAUAUGUUAUUUAUAAAGCGUAAACUUAAACGUAAAAGUAAAACGUAACUUCUGUAUUCAUGUAAACGUCACACUGCCACAAAACCGAGACAAACAGAAUCAAGAUUUUGACAAAUAGUUUCAACAACUGUAAAUGCAAUAGCAACUGCAACAGCAACAGCAAUCCUCAAUGCAACACACCCCUUUACAAUAAUUUCAAACACUGCCCAAAUGUGCAAUCUCUUUUAAAAGCAAACAUGAAUAAGAGAGAAUUGAAACCAACUCCUAGUUCUUUAAUCUACAUCUCUAUAUACUAGUUGCGUUCUCUAAGUACCUUUAUCUAUUAUUAUUAUUAUUAUUAUUAAUAUUCUUACGAGUAUGUGUACGUGGAAUGAAAAUGAAAUAUGAAAAAUCUACAAUAUAUCAUUUUGUUUAUAAUGAAUGAUUGGUUGAUUGAUUGAAUGAUUGGAUGAUGCAAAUAAACAAAGUGAGUCUUGAGUUCAACUCUGUUCAUUGUAAACAUUUUUUAUGAUUAUUUUUUUAUUUUUAAAUAAAAUUAUUAUUU